CAGAGCAGACCUCUCUGUCAGAUCACAACUUCUGAACUUGCAGUGCAGACUGGUAACACCUGGAGGACUGAUCCCAGAUAUGAGGCUCUACGCCUGGGCUGGAGCGCGGUGUCUUGUGCCCGUCCUGGUUCUUCUGACUGUCCUCUAUGUCAGAGCAGCCAGGGAGAGACACUAUUACAUCGCUGCUGUUGAGCUAGACUGGAAAUAUGACACACAGAGGUCUGGUCCCACCUAUAAGAAAGUGGUCUUUCGGGAGUAUGAGAAAGACUUCAGGCAGGCUAAGACUCAUCCCUCCUGGUUAGGUCUAGUUGGACCCACGCUGAGGGCAGAGGAGGGGGAGAUGAUUGUCGUCACUUUCAGAAACAUGGCGACCGGAGCACAUAGCGUUCACCCACACGGGGUGGCUUACGGGAAACAGUCAGAGGGAGCCAACUACUUUGACAACACAUCACAGAAAGAGAAAGAGGAUGACGUUGUGCAGCCAAACAGUGAACAUGUUUACUACUGGGAGGUGACGCCAGAGGUUUCUCCGCAGUCAAAUGACCCCACCUGUCUGACCUACACCUACAUCUCCCACCAAAAUGUUGUCGAGGACUACAACUCAGGCCUCAUUGGUGCCUUGCUCAUCUGCAAGCCUGGCAGUCUGGAUGAGCAGGGGGAGCAGAUUGGCGUCCACCAGGAGUUUGUGUUCCUCUUUGGGGUUUUUGAUGAGAAAGAGAGCACGUACAAAGCAAGUGGCCACGCCAUCGACAACCAUGUAAAAUAUACCAUCAACGGAUACACAAGGGGAUCGCUACCUGAUGUCAAUGUGUGUGCUUAUGCCUCUGUGAGUCUGCAUCUGGUGGGUAUGAGCUCAGAGGCUGAGGUGUUCUCAGUGCAUAUGAACGGGCAGGUGCUGCAGCAGAACGGCCAUAAAGUGUCAUCAGUGGGGCUGAUCAGCGGCUCCACUGCCACUGCCAGCAUGGUGGCUGUUCAUACAGGCCGCUGGCUGCUCUCUUCACACAUCUUUAAGCACAUUGAAGCUGGCAUGCAAGGUUUUGUGGAGGUGAAGAAGUGUGAUGAAUUCAAGGCACCUCGGCGAUGGAUGACUGUUGAGCAAAAAAGACAUAGCAGGGAGUGGAUAUACUACAUAGCAGCUGAGGAAAUUGUCUGGGACUAUGCACCUAACUUGCCUGAACAUGUUGAUGAGGACUUCAAGUUCCAGUACUUGAGACAGUCAUCAACACGCAUCGGUCAGAAGUACAAGAAGGCAGUGUACACUCUGUACAAAAAUGAGUCAUUCACUGAAAGGUUGGAGACCAAGCAAAGGAAAAAUGAGCUUGGCAUCUUGGGCCCAGUGAUCAGAGCACAAAUCAGAGAUGUUAUCACAAUUGUUUUUAAGAACAUGGCGUCCAGGCCUUACAGCAUCUAUCCUCAUGGACUGACAAUAGCAAAGUCAGAAGAGGGAGCCAACUACCCAGAAGGAGGAAACCAGACUCAUAGUGUUCAGCCAGGUGAGACAUACACUUACACGUGGAGAGUGGUUGAAGAGGAUGAGCCUUUGGAAGGAGACCCCCGAUGUCUGACGCGGAUGUACCACAGUGCAGUGGACACGCCACGUGACAUCGCCUCAGGACUGAUAGGACCGAUCCUCAUCUGCAAGAGUCAGUCCCUCAAUGUCAGGAAUGUGCAGCUGAAAGCAGACAAGGAGCAGCAUGCCAUUUUUGCUGUGUUUGAUGAAAACAAGAGCUGGUACUUCGAUGACAACAUUCAUCAGUACUGUGAUCGAACCAAAGUCAACAAAGCAGACCCGGACUUUUAUAAGUCCAAUGUCAUGCACACAAUUAAUGGUUAUGUAUUUGAGAGCGGCCCGCUCUUGGGCUUCUGCAGCGGUGAGGUUGCAACAUGGCAUGUUUCAAGCGUUGGAGAACAGGACUACAUCCAGACAGCUACAUUCUAUGGCCAUACAUUUGAGCUGAAUGAGCGGGGAGAGGAGUUUCUCAGCCUCUACCCCAUGACUGGAGAAACCAUCACUAUGCACAUGGACAACACUGGUGUUUGGCUCUUGGCUUCUCUGAAUUCCCAUGAGACAACCAAAGGAAUGCGUGUUAAGUUUCAGGAUGUUGAGUGCUUACGUGACUACCAAUAUGAGUACCCUGACUAUGAAAUGGCAACAAAACCAGUGUUUGAUGUGUGGAAGCCUCCAAGCUUGGUUGAUAUCAAGAAGGAAGAGGAGGUGCCACAAACUGUAAACAAAGCGCCAGUGCAGGUUGAUGAUUACACCUUAAUGUUUGCUGAAGAAUUAGGUCUCAGGUCUCUGAAGAACCAAUCUGUGGCCUCAGACAUGGAGAAGCUGGACCUCUCUUUCCUCGACUAUGAUGCUAUUAAUGUGCCUGACGGAGAUCCAAAGAACACCUUUAAUUUCAAGGAUACAAAGAGUAAAAAUGAGACCUCUGUUCCAAACCCAAAUACACCAAAUGAGACAUUAUUUUCGAACUGGAAAGAGGUUGAUGAAGUAAACCUUACAGUGGUUACUUUGCUGAACCAAAGCAACAGUGAGAACAGAGCAGCAGUGUCCAUGCUGAAAACAGAGAACACAACCAUCUUUUAUAGCCCAAAUGUAUUACUAAAGAAUGACAGUUUAACUACUAAUAGCAGUGCCUCUCUAGUCAUCUCAGAUCUUGAUAAUCAUACUGUGUCUGACACACAGAACACAACAAUUCAAAAUGCUACAACAUUACCAGUUGCUGGAAAUGUAUCAGAGAUCACCAAUUCUACGGUAACACCACAAAAAACUACUAAUCUAACUGUAACAUUACCUGUAAAUGUAAGUUCCUUCUUGGAGACUGAAAGAAUUAACAUAACCCUGGCUGGGGAUACACAGACUUCUGUGGGCACAAUCUUAGCACAGGACUCUGAGGAAAGACUCACCAGAGGGGAUGUAUUCUCUUAUUCUGUGCCUCUAUCCAAUUCCAGCACCACCAGUCUCCACAGCAAUGUGUCUGUUGAGAAUAACACAGCAGUUAACCUGGUUAAUGUGUCAGCAGAUGCAACAAACCAUUCACUGUCUACCCCAGCAGCUGAUGUUGGAGAGGUUAACACCAGCAGCAUAGACAGUUCCAACUUGACCAUCUCUGAGUUGGAGUUGGAGAGCACAGACAACAAAACCAGUGAUAAUGACUCUCUGAGCACUGUAGCAGAGCUCAAGCACAGACAACAAAUGAAUUCCUCUGAAGUUGUGACUAAUCCAGCUUCCAACUUCAGCCUUGAAAAUCAAACACAUAUAUUGCUUGAAAGCGGGCCCUUACAAAAUGUCACAAAGAUCAACUAUUCAAAUACAUCCACAUCAAAUGCAACAGGGGAGAUUAGCUCAGAGAGUAGGGAGAACAUCACAGCUCUUCUUGGUGUGUUGAACCACACAUCUUCCUCAGAAAGUUUCUCCAAUGAGACUGUGGUUUCAAGUAACCAAUCCCUCUCCAACAGUGCAGUAAAAAUUGAAAGUUCUGAGGAGCUGAGUACCUCAGAUAGCAGUGAAGAAGUGCUUAUCUACCUUAAUGAAAACAAUUCAGAGGUGAUUAAAACCACCUCUGUUAAAACACAAGGCCACAAUUGGACUUAUGAGGGAACUCACCAAAUGGUACCCAUGGAGAUUCCUGACCACAUGAUGAAAUAUUUUGAGAAAGAGACUCCUCAAACAACACCAGCUCCAAAAAAGAAGACCAAGAUAGUGACCCUCCGACAUAGACCUCAGAAGGGCCUUGGUAUGAAAACAAGAAGGAGGAAGGUAUACAAGCCUGUGGCCAAGAGUGGUUUACCAUUCUCUCCUCGAGGAUUCAAUCCAGUCAUGACCCCGCGUGGGUCACGACCCAGCCCACCAAAACCUUUCUCUGAUGAAGAGGAGCUCAUUAACAUGCCUGUGGUCAUUGGUGUGCCCCGGCCUGAUUUCAGUGACUAUGAGCUGUAUGUUCCUGGGGAUGAACCAGAUCAUCUAGGGUUGGAUGACCAAGAUGUGAAAGCAAAUGAGUAUGAGUAUGUGUCUUACAAAGACCCCUACAGCAAUCAUGAAGAUAUCAAGAAUCUCAACCUGGAUGAGACCGCCAAAUACUACUUAAAAUUCUCAGGCCCAAACACCAAGACUUAUUUCAUAGCUGCAGAGGAGACUGAGUGGGACUACAGUGGCUAUGGACAGAGGAGGCAAGACAAGUCACAACUCAACAGCCGACAAACUUCGUUCACCAAGGUGGUUUUCCGGAGUUACCUGGAUAGUAGCUUCCGCACACCUGAGAUCCGUGGAGAAAUAGAUGAGCAUCUAGGCAUUCUGGGACCUGUCAUCAAGGCGGAGGUUGGACAAUGCAUCAUGGUGGUGUUCAGGAACAAUGCCAACCGACCAUACUCCAUUCACGCAAAUGGGGUUUCCUAUACCAAGCAGACAGAGGGCCUGUCCUAUGAGGAUGGCUCCAAGUACUGGUACAAAUAUGACAAUGAGGUUCAACCCAAUACCACCUUCACAUAUUUAUGGAAAGUCAAGGAUAUCACUGGGCCACUGCCAGAUGAGUCAGACUGUCGGACCUGGGCCUACUAUUCAGGUGUUAAUCCUGAAAGGGACAUCCACUCUGGCUUGGUUGGGCCUUUGCUCGUGUGUCGAGAGGGCACCCUGGACAAGAACUUAGUAGACAUGAGGGAGUUCAUGCUGCUGUUCAUGACUUUUGAUGAGUCACAGAGUUGGUACUAUGAGGAGAACCAGGAGAAGAUAUUGAGGAAAAGUCGAAGGAGAUUUUUGGACUCCAAUUUCAAGGAGAACCUCAAGUUCCAUUCCAUCAAUGGCAUUACACACAACCUAAAGGGCCUGAGAAUGUACACCGACCAGCCCGUGCACUGGCACCUGAUCAACUUGGGUUCUCCCAAAGACUGUCAGAGCGUCCACUUCCAUGGCCAGACGUUCCUCCACAAGAAGACCACCAACUACAGACAGGCUGUCUACCCUCUGCUGCCUGGGAGCUUUGCUACUCUGGAGAUGUAUCCAUCCAAACCUGGCCUGUGGCAGCUGGAGACAGAAGUUGGUUUCACCCAACAGAAGGGCAUGCAGACCCUCUUCCUGGUUCUAGAUAAUGACUGCUACCAUCCACUGGGUCUAGAGUCAAGCAGUGUGAAAGAUGACCAGAUCACAGCAAUCAACACCAGAGGAUACUGGGUGCCCCAUCUUGCCAGAUUGAACAAUCAAGGUAAAUACAACGCAUGGAGCACAGAGCAGAGCAACAGCUGGAUUCAGGUAGACUUCCAGCGGCCAGUUGUGAUCAGCCAGGUGGCCACCCAGGGAGCCAAGCAGCUGUUCCAACACCAGUAUGUGCUCAAAUACUUUAUCUCCUACAGCACCGACCGCCGGAAAUGGAUCUACUAUAAGGGUGACAGCAGGGACCUGAGAAAGGUAUUCACUGGGAACCAGGGAGCCUAUGACACAAAGAAAAACAUCUUCUUUCCUCCUUUGAUUGGACGCUUCAUCAGGUUCCACCCCAUCAAAUGGAACAAUGCGGCCACAGUUCGCUUGGAGUACUAUGGCUGUGAGCUUGACGGUUGUUCGGUGCCUCUGGGGAUAGAGAGCGGACUCAUAGAAGACAAACGUAUCACUGCCAGCUCCACAGCCUCCAGCUGGUACUCUGGACCUUGGAUACCCUCGCUUGCACGCCUCAACAAACAGGGCACCAUCAACGCAUGGCAGGCUAAGCAUAAUAACAUGAACCAAUGGCUUCAGGUGGAGCUGCCCCAUGUUAAGAAGAUCACAGGUAUAAUAACACAGGGAGCCAAGUCUCUGGGGACAGAGAUGUAUGUCAUGUCCUACAUUCUCCAGUACAGCGACAAUGGGAUACACUGGAAACAGUACACAGAUGAUGAGGACCACCCAUUCAAGACUUUCUCUGGAAAUACAGACAACAACAACCACGUGAAAAACUACAUCUACCCUCCAAUUUUCUCACGCUUCAUCCGAAUCAUCCCCAAAAGCUGGAUGAGUUCCAUCACCAUGAGAAUAGAACUACUAGGCUGUGACUUUGAGUGAUGCACAUACUCACACAAAUCCAUACCAAAUUAUGACACGUCAACCAUGUUCAUCUACAUGCAAACUGAAAAAACACAUGUAGUGUCUGCUCAUGCACACAGUCAAUACAUAAAAAUACACAGCCUUUACGUGCAGGUGUAAGCAAACACAUACAUACAUUUAUUAAACUCAUCAUAUAGCUUGUGAAACUCGUCUGCUCAUAAAUCAGGACUACCACUGGGACAUUUCAGUUUCUUUCUGUCCAUGUUUGGAUGUUGCAGCCAAGUAACAUAUAUAAAAAUAAUAGGGCAUUGCAAAUUAGUCCUGGCUAUACAUGUUGCGGUUUGUGGUAUUGGUUCAUGCCACAGAAUAUACAAAUAAACAUUACAAUAAAUUUUAUAUGUAUAUCCCCUGUUUAAGACAGUGAUUGUUGAGUGAACUCAUUGUUAAGUACAGUAAGUGUGAGUAAUUUUGUUUGUCAAUAGUUUUAUAUAUUGAAAUACUAGUUUCAUUUUUAAGCUGAUAUGUUGCAUUUUGUCCAUCAGAAAUGAAUAGAAUGUAAAUAUGUAAGUAGAGAUCAUGUAAUUUAUUUAGCAAUAAAUAUGAUUACCAUUCUUA